GUUUUGUAACUGUUCGUGUUGUUGUGACCUGUCGCUUGGUGCGCUGGUAACUUUUUCGGGGACGUAUUGCUUCUUACCCGGCACUAGCAGCAGGAUGUCCCCGGUACCCAAAGUGAGACUGUCCGGAGGUCUGGAGAUCUGCCGGGUUCUGAAUGGGAUGUGGCAGGUGUCCGGGGCGCACGGGGCAGUGGAUAAAGCCAGAGCAGUUGAGGCCAUGCAGGCCUACGUAGAUGCUGGUCUGACCACAUUUGACAUGGCAGACAUUUAUGGGCCUGCAGAGGAAAUAUUUGGACAGUUCAACAACCAGCUGAAGUGCAAAUCCUCUGCGAACGACAUCCCAGCCCUGCAGAGUCUGACCAAAUACGUGCCAAGGCCAGGACCAAUGGACCGCAAGGUGGUGGAGAAGGCGCUCCAACGCUCCAUGACCCGUAUGCAGGUGGACACUCUGGACUGUGUUCAGUUCCACUGGUGGGACUAUAGAGACAUGAGAUACCUGGAUGCACUGGGACACCUGUCCGACCUGCAGCAGGAGGGACUUAUACGGGAGCUUGCCCUUACUAACUUUGACACACAGAGGCUGGAGGAGAUCACCAACAGAGGCAUCCGCAUCUCAAGCAACCAGGUGCAGUACUCUGUGAUUGACCAGCGACCUGCAGCAAAGAUGGCGCAGUUCUGUCUGGCUAGUAACAUUCAGCUCCUCACUUAUGGCACUCUGGCUGGAGGUCUACUCUCAGAGCGUUAUCUGGGGAAGGCAGAGCCUAAUUCCAGGGCGGAGCUCUACACCGCCUCCCUCUCUAAGUACAAGAACAUGAUCGACAGUUGGGGUGGCUGGAGCCUUUUCCAGGACCUCCUUGUCACUUUGGAGACUGUUGCCAAGAGACACGACUGCUCAGUGGCCAGCGUGGCAACGCGUUAUGUGCUGGAUUGCCCAGCGGUGGGCGGGGUCAUUGUGGGCUGUCGGCUAGGCGUCACAGGGGCAGGGCAACACAUCAGUGACAGUCUGCGUAGCUGCGACCCUGACCUGAAGCUGACGGCAGAAGAUCUCACCGCCAUUGACGCAGUGACGCGCCGUUCCAGGGACCUAAUGGCGCUCAUUGGGGAUUGUGGGGAUGAGUACAGAAGCUAAGGGGUGAUGGGGGGUUGGAAAGAGGAGAAGCCUCUCACACAGGACAGCCCCAAAGUUUUCUUAUGAAAAUCAUUUCAAUUCUGUUUUGAAACUUUCUGCCACUUCUGCUGACUUUCAGCCAUAUUGGUUUCUGCACACAUGGGCUGAAGCUACUUUUAUUUUUUGAUAAAUAUUAAAAAGAUCAUUCAGAAUUGAAAGUUUUAUCUUACCAGCUCCUUUUUUACAACUUAAAACGGAAGAUUAUGUGCCUCAUUCGAGAUCUAGUUAUCUUACCCAGUGAAUAUUUGAUGCUGUUAAUAGAUUAAACGCUCUUCUCCUGCAGCGCAUGCUCACACUGCUGAAGUGGUUUUAAUGUUGGACAGAUGCGUCUCAUUCAGGCGUAAACACAGUUUCACAAACACACAGUUUAAGUGUCUUAGUUACAGAAUUAAGAGAAAGUUCAGUUGUUCAGUGUCUCUCCUCAGACUAAACAUAUCGUGUACAUAAGAUAUGGUGUAAGCUUGGGGCCGGACGAUAUGGCCAAGAGUGUUAUCACAAUAAAAAGUUUAAUAUCUUUCGAUAUCAGUAAUUAUCACAAUAAAUCAUUAUUUCUUUAGAGUUUAAAGGCUGAUUUUUACUCCUGAGUGACAGUUGAAGAAACCUGAUGGUUAAUUGUGGUUUAAAUUCUUCUUUAUGGUCAACACUUGAUGCCAAACAAUGGAUCACUUCACAAAUCUUAGGUGGAAUAUUCAAAACAGUUAUGAUAAAUCAACAAAGUCAACAAUUUUGCAUGAGUAAAAUUAAGUAAAAGCUUUUUUCAGUCCCUUUUCCUCAACAAAAUAAACAUCUUAAUAAAAAAAUUAAGUCCUAAUUCGUGUAUGAUUUAAGUGAAUCUAAUCAGACAUUUAUUUAAUAAUUAAUGAACAUUUGUUAUAUUUUUUUUGAAAAAAAUUAUAUUGCUAUAAUUUUUGUUAUUGUUUUAUUGUCCAGCCCUAUGUAAGCUUAAUGGAAUUUUUUCAAUUUAUUGUUCAGGUCAACUUAAAUGACUGUUGUAAAAGGUAAAUAAAAGUUGUGUCAUCAUUUUUGCUGUUUUCCUAGCUCUUAAUCAUUAAAGGAUCAUGUUUCACUAAG